AUGAAGGCAAAUAGGGGCACGCCUCAAGUGGUCAAACAGAAUCAUCACAUGCAAGAAGGUUACGGGUUGAGCCACCUGUUCAUACGCAAAUAUUUAAACAUAUACGAAGACUGUCUGUCACCAGACCACACUCCCAAGACAAAGAGCAGCUGUAAGGAGAGAAUGGCACGAGCGUCGUCCCGAAGAGCGUUGUUUCUCUGUUUACUGGUUCUGCUGCAAGAGUUUGGUCCCGCACACUUUGCCAAACUCGCGCAAAAUGACUUCCUCAGCGACCGGGAAUUCUUGGACAGCGAAGAUGAGGAUAACGCUGAUGACCAAGAGACUGGAAGCAACCUUGUGCCACAAACCCCAAUAACUCAGUCAUCUGCAAAGAAAAGCCGUAUCAAGAAUGUCUAUACAGUCGUCAAGUACGGAGCGCAGUUCUCCAAUGCUCUUACUUCUACUACCAGCCUGGCCAUCGCUAUAUACCAAGCCAUAGAAGGCUGUUGCGGUCAGUUUCCAAAAGCAUGUGAAUAUCGCGACGAGUUUAUUAAGAUGAAAACUCAAGUUAAAGAGCAAAGCGCCCUGGCGGACAACUUACAGCGGGAAGCUGAAAAUCUUCAAACUUGGGUUAAAACCAACAUCGAUAGAUACUCUGAAUUGAAGAAAGAGUUGGAGGAUAUUAACAGAGAGCAGGAUAACAUCUUGAAAUCCAUGAACAUCGAUAUUGAAUUAACAUUGAACAACAAAACGAAGGACAUCGUGGAUGCCAUUAAGGCAAAAAACAACACCAGAGACGAGCUGGACUACCUGCAGGUAUCCGACAUGUACGAGUCAGCCAUUGAGAACGCCUUGAAUAUUGGUUUCCCCCUCUUAACUCUGUUAAUCAGUGGUGGAGGAGCAGCUUACCAAUUCGCCAAGAAAAGUAGAGCUCAUGAGGAGGUUUUCAAGCUCGAGAGAAGAAAUGCCAUCCGACUCAAGACACCCCCUAACGCUCAAAUUGCAAGACGGAAAACAAGCUUGAUCAAAAAUUUCAAAACCAAGUACAGACAGUUAAAAAGCAGACUGAAUACCAAGUUUAGCAGGUCGAUCAGAUACGUGAAGAAUAUUGGCAAAGCAUUUGACCUUGCACUAUCAAUCUUUUCCUCAGCGUUUGCAAUUUACAACGUCAUCGACCAAGCUAAGAAAUGUGAGGAAAGACGAGAUGAUGCAAAGGAAGCAAGGGACACUAUGGCAAAAGCUUUAGAAAACUUUGAUGAGGCUAUUCAGAACAUCACUACUUCAAAGGAGACCAUGUACUCGGCCUUUGAGGACGUACGGAAAGAACUGGUCGCGGAAAACCUGAUGAAGCUGCUGGGAGACAUCAAGCAAGUACUAGAUAAUGCUGAUCCUACGCCUGAACUGAUUGAAGCGGCCAAUGGUAUCGAAAACUACAGAUUGAAUAUGCCAUCGGAUAUCUCCCCAAACCAGACGUAUAAACACCAAGAGAACUUGAUCAACAGUUUGAAUCAGGUCCCCUUUACUCUCAGCUGUUACACGCAAAAGGUGAAGAUGCUUACCUCUAUUCUUAAUGGUUGCCGAGAUGGAACAAAAUCAUUUGAUGACCUCUACUCUGAUGCUACAUCAUUGUAUGGGAGCGAGGCAAGGAAAUGCGAGAGGAAAAUCGGCGCUUUCUACGUGACCAAAGAAACUCUGAAGGAAGAAAUUGAGAAAGUAAUGAAGAAAGAGAAUCUAAGCCCCGUGUGUAGUGUUAACAAUCCGACGACAAAAAGCUUAGCAUGCCUGAAAAAGAAUGAUGGCCUAACGGCAGAAGGUAUCGCCGCAGAAAUGAAGAUUGACAAGGAUGUCAUCGUGCUACUUCUAGAGGACUGUCCGAAGGAGGGUUUGAAUCCAAAACAGAAAAGACAAGUGUGUAAUAUGAGGAAGCAAAAAGAAAACAACGAGCGAAUAGCGGAUUUACUCGAGUUUGAUCUUGCUAAAGUGAAGGAAGUGGUCUGUCCUCCAUAAGAGCCCAAGAAUACCACUCCAGAUAAAGAAGAAUGAAUCCUUCUAUGAUAAGCCCGACUGCUAGAAACUAGACAGACGCAUUGUUGAAUGGAAAAUGUUAAAUUAUCAAUAAAAGAACUUGUUAUGAUCGGACUACAGGGUUCAACAAGCAACAACUUUUUUAAUAACGCACGUGGCAAGCUUACAUAACAGUAGUGAGUCACGUGGUGGCGUGACUCCAUAUAUGGGACUACUCACAACAUCUCCCUUUUAAGCUAAGCUAUGAUAUUAAGUGAAAGUAUCAAAACAUAAAAAUAAAUUCUAACAUGGA